CGGCCGAAGAAUUCUUCAGUAACUAUUUAGGUAUUUAGGUAUUAAAUAGGUAUUUUGAUAUACCUGAGCCCCGCUGGGUACGAUGCGAUAAUCGAUUUGAACACCAACGUUACCUACGAGGUCGUCUUAAAAGCAAGAAUCGAAUGGCACAGGUCGGUUAAACGCUCGGUGAAGCUGCUGCGAAGUUGUUCCCGUUUUGCUAACUAGCACCGGCCUCUAUGGCGAUUAAAGGACGAAAGGAUGGUCGUUAUUAGCACCGAGCAGUACGUGGAAAUCCAGAACUUUAUCCGUGACUAUGAAGGGCUCUCGAUCGACUGCAGCGUCGAUCUGGUCAAACAGUUUCCGGCCUAUCCGAAGGAAACACUCGGCAGUAUACUUUCCAAGGAGGUCCUUCAGCGAGUAAAAUCGAGCCAUUCAAGGAUUGUCGCAAAGAGCGCCGCGCUGAUUAACGAAUAUCAGACAGCCGCAAAGGAAACCGCAAAUCAUGACAUCCUGCUGAAGAUGGCAGCGAAACUGCGCGUCCCGUCGAUGGUGCUGUGCCGGAUAAUAUUGGGGAAGAUGCACCCGACACAUACUCGGCAAGAGAUAGCAGAAAUGCUUCGAAUGCCGGACAUGGUGCCGGAUUCACUGCUGGCGGUGAAUGUGAGCUACUGCUUAUACAGCGAGAACAUGGACGGGCCGAUCACGGACGCGAUACGACGAUGCAUCGGCGAGGAGUAUGAAGAUCGGACCAAGAAAUUGGCUCGGGCGGCAGGUAUGGUGUUUUACGAUGAGGGUGAUUUGCGCCGCACCGGUUACGAUAAGACGCCCGAUCUGAAGUUGGCCAUACCGUUCGCAUUUCACGGUCGCGUUAUUAACUGGAUCGAGAGUAAGGCGUCGUUCGGCGAUGUAGAUUCCCAUCGGCGCUACAUCAAGGAUCAGUUGGCCAGCUACGGCAAUCGAUUUGGUCCCGGGAUCGUAAUCUAUUGGUUCGGAUACAUUGCCAGCAUAGCCGAUUGCGCUGAGAACGGUAACGAGGUGAUAGUAACGGAUCGGUUCCCCGAGCAACAUGACAUAGAGUUGCUUACAUUUAAUCUACCCAAAUCGCUGGUAGAUCAGUCGCAAGGUCAUUCGGAUAGGUAGCAUUGUACAUAUGAGUUAAUGAAUAAAACAAACCUUCUAGUU